GGUUCCUCCCUUUCCGGCGCUGUGGCGUGGGCUCUUGGCGGCUCCCUGCGCCAGCGCCCUCGGCGUGUCCGCAUCCCGCGUGUUCCCCAUGGCGUGCGCCGCUGCGGGUCCGGUGGAGCUGGGGUUCGCGGAGGAGGCCCCGGCCUGGCGCCUGCGCAGCGAGCAGUUUCCCAGCAAGGUGGGCGGGCGGCCGGCGUGGCUGGCGCAGGGCGGGCUGCCGGGCCCCGCGGAGCUGGCGUGCGGCCUGUGCGGGCGCCCGCUGGCCUUCCUGCUGCAGCUGUACGCGCCGGUGUCCCCCCGCGCCGACGCCUUCCACCGCGCGCUCUUCGUCUUCUGCUGCCGGGAGCCGCCGUGCUGCGCCGGCCUGCGCGUUUUUAGGAAUCAGCUCCCCAGGAAAAAUGACUUUUACUCCUAUGAGCCACCUUCUGAAAAUCCUUCCCCAGAAUCAGCAGAAUCUGUUUGCCUCCAGCUGAAGUCUGGUGCUCAUCUCUGCAGGGUUUGUGGCUGCCUAGGCCCCAAAACCUGCUCCCGGUGUCACCAGGCACAUUACUGCAGUAAGGAGCAUCAGGCCCUGGACUGGAAGCUGGGACAUAAGCAGGCUUGUGCACGGUCAGAUAAUUUGUAUGAUACAAUCCCAGAUCACAGCUUCCUUUUUCCAGAAUUUGAAAUUGUAAUUGAAACAGAAGAUGAGUGUACUCCUGAAGUUCUGGAAAAGGAAGUCAAGUCGGAGCUUAUAGGGAGCAUGGAUGAAGCCCUUGAGGAAGAAUUGGAUUCUCUGGCAAAACAUGAAUCCAGGGAAGAUAAAAUUUUCCAGAAGUUUAAAACUCAAAUAGCCCUUGAACCAGAACAGAUUCUCAGAUAUGGCAGAGGGAUUGCCCCCAUCUGGAUUUCUGGUGAAAAUGUCCCUGAAGAAAAGGAUAUUCCAAAUUGCCCUUGUGGUGCCAAGAGAAUAUUUGAAUUCCAGGUCAUGCCUCAGCUGCUGAACUACCUGAAGGCCGACAGUCUGGGCAGGAGCGUCGACUGGGGCGUCCUGGCCGUCUUCACCUGCGCUGACAGCUGUCACCUGGGCACUGGCUACACAGAGGAAUUCGUGUGGAAGCAAGACGUGACAGACGCAGCUUAAAGCCUUACAGACAUUAAUACACCCGAUGCCUGGUGAUUCUGUUUCUAGGACCUUCAUCAUAAGGAUAGUGAUACAAAGAUGUUGCUUCAGGCAUUGUUUGGUGUCUAAAAAUUAGUAAAACAGAAAUGUCUGACGACAUGGAAUUCGGUAAAUUUUGGUACAUCCACACAACAGAAUGAUACAAUUUUGUAUAAUUCUAAUUUGAUACCAAGUUACCAUUAUAGGUAGUAGUUACAGCAUGAUCAUGCUUGUGUAAAAUGUUUGUAUAUGUAUAUAUGCACAGGAAGAAACCUGGAAAGAUAGUCACUAGGUAUUAACUGGUUAUUUAUAAAUGAUCUCGUUUUUUAUAUGUACAUUUCUUUCCUUAAUAAAAAUGGAUUAUCUGCAUAA